AUGGCGCAACCUACAGACUGGAAAUCCUCUCAGUUUUACAGGCCUCCCACUGUAGAUGGCAUGAAAGAACUCAACGCUCUGAUCGAUUGCCCUCAAAAGCUCACUGGAAUCGCUGGAUUGGAUCGUCAUUGGCAAUCUGCCCUAUUAUCUUUACAAGCACAUGGAUCCCACAAUGACGGUGGACACCUGGAGACCUAUGAUGGCUUUCAUGCUUUGACCGACAUGCAUUAUAGUACUGGGUUUUCUAAAGUCCAGAAAGCCACUCAGGACGACAGACUUAAUAAUUGGUGUUCUCGUGCUACUCACACUGACAAUAUCUUAAACUGUAUCUUUGAUCUUUGCACUGUUCUCGACAGGUUAACGGGUGGUUCGACUAUUGUAUUGCACCAUCCGGGUGCAACAUCACCAAACGCAGAUGUUGUACCAGAAUCCCUCAAAGCUGAGGUGUAUGUCAACCCCAGGGUCCUCACUGAGCACCACGAGCUCCAUCCAGUACUCACGCAGAUUACACAGAUCUUCAUCGCCAACUAUGCAACUCCAUUGGCUCAUGCCUUUGCUGUGAUUCGCAGUCGCAAGUGGGGUAAUUCGAACACUCCACAAACGCCUUCGAAAGGCAAAGGGACUCCUUCCAAGGGCAAGGGAAAGAACAAUAUCAUCAUGCCUUUAGCUCCCUCACCAGUAUUUCCAAACUCUGCACACUUCACCUUUCACAGACAUCCAGCCGGGUCUUUAGAAAGUAUUCUCAACUCAUCCUCUCAUAUCUUAUCUUAUGCACCUUCAUAUGAUGGCCAUAUUACGUGGGACCUGACUCAGAUACAAAUUGAGCCCGCCCGCAUUGUUCGCACCAGUGGUAGUGGCAGUGCGAGUACAUAUUCUGGUUCACAUCAGGAACCAAGCAGGGCAGAACAUGUGGGCACAGGUAACACACAUAAAGACACCCGAGAAUCUGUGGUCCAUAUCAAUGAACCUAAGACAUCACGUACCGAGCAGCAGUCCCUGUAUUCCCCGAUUACUAUCUACAACAGCUCAGGCAGUGACGAUGAUUGUGACUCUCCGCAGAAAUAUCCUCCUGUAACCCCUAUGUCAACUCGCUCAGUGAGGAGCCAGGCUGUAUCGUUUGGACUUCCUGCCUUGCUCACCAUUCCCACUCACUCUAUAUCGGAACCACAAGCCCAGGAUAUAUUGAUGCUUGUCCCAUUUGGGAAGAGGACAGAGGCAGCUCUGGAGGAGCUAGGAUAUCCAGAUACAUUACAUUCUAUCUGCGCUUCAAUCCAGAACCAGUACCUCGCCAAGCAGUGGGUUACCAAAUUGCAGGAGCUUGCUAAGGUCCCCCAGGAGCAUGUGAAAGCUAUCAGCAUUGAGAGCAAUGCUAACAAAGGUACAAUGGAGAAGUCGAACGUCAGUGACCUUGUCAAGGAAGCUAGUGACUAUCAUGAGCUCACUGACCAGCAGAAGAAGCAACUCAUAAGCGAGUUUGACAAAGUCAAGAAAGGUGCUCAGGAUCGUCCUCCCAACAUUACUGCUCAUACACGUGCUGCAGAGUGUGCCCACAGUUUUCAGUUUGUGAGAGAAGAGCUUGAAGCUCUCAAUAAACGUGUCGGUGCUGAGGCUUUUGUCAUCAUGGUUCAUGGUGUUUCGGAUUUUGCUAUGGCCCCAAAGGCAUUUUUCACCAGCUCUGCAACAGAACAAUUUGUCCAUUUGUAUUUGCGCAAAGAUAUUGCCAAGAUGGCGACUGACUUCGAAAGCACUGUGCUGGCCAAUGGCCUCGUCAUAAAUACAGCUGCUAACCAUCGUGAACGUGUGGCAAAAGCAAAGACUGCCAUCCGCAUUGGCCUGUGUACAUCACUCUGCGAUGUGACAGAUGAUCCCUCUGCAACAGUUGAGUUUACCUGGUACAACGAUCUUGUGCGCGAAUACCACGUCAAACUGGUGGGAUGGAACCACCCCCAAUGGGCCAACCCAUCAGACUUAAAGAUGGCGCAUAUCAAGAAUGGGGAGAAGCUCACUCCUGAGCUCAAGCCUCCCACAACAUGCGACUCCCUUCCUUCACAAACACAGGCCACAACGUGCGACUCCCUUCCUUCACAAACACCGGCCACAACACAGGACUCCCUUCCUUCACAAACACUGGCCACGAUGCAGGACUCCCUUCCUUCACAAACACCGGCCAUGAUGCAGGACUCCCUUUCUUCACAAACCACUCGCACCUCCUUGAUUACAGAUGACAUGGUGGAUCCUGCACUUCGUGCGCUUAACAAUCCUUCUACUACGCCUGUGGAGCAUCUUCCGAGUCAGCCUGAUAGUGCUCUGGCUACUGUGCAUCUUCCCUCCAGUCAGCCUCAAGCUCAUGCUACUACCCCGCUCCCUUCGACCAAUGAAGAUGCCCUUGUCUCAAGGACAAAUAGUGGCUGCAAGCGACCUGUUGACGAUACUGCACCAUCCGAAGGACAACGCCCAAAGCGUGCCCGCAAGCUCACUGAAAAGGCACAGCUGCUGGGCGGCCUGGGCUCUGACUCACGCGAGGAGAAUAAAGUACAGCGCAAAGCAAAAGAUGGAUGGCAGACAAAAAAGGGCGAGGCUGUCAUUGAUUCCAACCAAGAGAAUGACACGUAG